UUGGCGCUGCGAGCGGCGGGAUCGCGAUCUCUCAUGAAAUUCCCUGGCGAUGAUCGAUUACAUCGGCAAACGCGAGGUUUCGAGCCAAUGCGGGGAAGAGCUGCGAUUGUGCAAGGAGAGAGCCGCGUGCCAUGUCCCUCACGUCCUUCGCGAGCGCGAGCUCUCGAUCGGAUCCAGCAGCUGCGAUAAGGUGUUUGCCGCGGCAUGGAUCGACGAUGCCAAUGUAGCGCUCGGCACCAAGGACAACAAAUUGCUGCUCGUCCACUCGCAGAAGGAUCGAUGUGUCGAGAUAACGCUUCCUCGCAGGAACUCGUGGAGCCGGCCAGAGCCCGUGGAUUCUUCCUGCGGCAUCCACUCUAUCUCGCUCAAUCUCUCCAAGUCGCUUCUCGUGACUGGAGCGGAUCAUCCAAACGAUGCUGCCGUCUUUCGACUUCCAUCCUUCCAACCAUUGCAGCUCUUAAAGAAGCACGACGACUGGAUUUUUGCAACCUCCUGGCUUACGGACACAGUUCUUGCAACUGGUUCUCGGGAUUCCACUGUAAAGCUCUGGUCAGUGACCCGGAGCCGCUCUUACCUCAACGAAAGCCCCAUUGCUGAGAGAAGAUAUCACCGGGAUAAAGUGAGAGAUAUUAAAUACUGUUCCCAAGCUGAGAUUCUAGGGACGCUGAGUCAAGAUGGCACUUGCAAAAUAUGGGAUCCACACGUGAUGGAAGUGAUUUCAACCGUCCAGCUGCACUACAGAAGGCACUUGCAGUGCCUUGCCAUUCAGUACCCGGUUUUGGCUGUUGGUUCUCAAAAGCACGUAUCUUUCAUCGACAUGAGAUGUGGGCAUCUUACUAAACACAUUGAAUCUCUGGACGACGCCUGGGGUGUUCGCUCGUUGAGUCUCAGAGGUCCUUUGCUAACAUGUGGAGGUGGAAAGGGACGAUUAUCUUUCUUCGAGAUGAGAGCGAUGAAGUACCUUACUCUCGACCCGGACGCUAGCGGAAAUAAGCACUUAUAUUACAAGAUUGGCAGGGGAGCUCCAGCCGAACGAGACUUCAAAUGGCAUGCUGUUUAUGCACAUUCAUAUGACGUGACUGGCACCUCUUUGCUCGCCGUUGGUGGUCCAGCUUUGUAUGGUCAAAAAGGGUGCUAUACUGCUAUUUGGUAGUAGCUUGCUCACACCAUUCUGCGAGAGUUUCAAUGUAUAUAAAGGACCACUAAAAGGGAGGCUUAGGGGCGUAUGCGUAAUUUCGUAGAUUUUUUCCGCAAGAAUCGUAACUCUGUUUUCUUCAGAUUGGUGUAUGAUUGUUUCUAUGAAAAAUGUCGUUCUCUUAGCUCGA